CCCGCCUCUUUCCUUGUGAGGCGAAGCUGUGUCAGUCUAGCUGUCACUCGGCUCCCCUCAUUCCCACUGAGCGGUAGCCACCUUAGCCGUAGUCAUGUCGGAUACGGGCGGCGGAGGAGAUGAUAGUUCAGCUAACCUCGAGGUUUCUGUUGCUGUGCAGAAUGUGGCGGAUCCUGCCGUGCUACAGAAGCACAUACGAAAGUUGGUGCCGCUUCUCCUGGAAGAUGGCGGCGAGGCCCCCGCAUCGCUGGAGUCAGCCCUUGAUGAAAAGAGCGCUUUGGAGCAAAUGAGGAAAUUCCUUUCUGACCCUCAAAUACACACUAUCCUAGUGGAGAGAAGCACCUUGAAAGAGGACGUUGGAGAUGAAGGAGAGGAAGAACGAGAAUGUAUUUCUUACAAAAUCAACUCUGAUAUUCGUUAUGGUCUCAAAUCAAACAGCUUGGCAUUUAUAAAACGUACUCCAGUUAUUGAUGCAGACAAACCAAUUUCAUCUCAGCUGCGCGUCCUCACUCUUAGUGAAGAUUCUCCAUAUGAAACCUUGCACUCAUUUAUCAGCAAUGCUGUUGCUCCGUUUUUUAAAUCUUACAUUCGAGAAUCUGGGAAAGCAGACAGGGACGGUGAUAAAAUGGCUCCCUCUGUUGAGAAAAAAAUUGCAGAACUUGAAAUGGGUCUUUUACACUUGCAACAGAAUAUUGAGAUACCCGAGAUAAGUUUACUGAUACACCCGAAUAUUACCAAUGUCGCAAAGCAAUGCUAUGAACGGGGUGAAAAACCUAAGGUGACAGAUUUUGGUGACAAAGUGGAGGAUCCUACAUUCCUUAACCAGUUGCAAUCGGGAGUUAACCGAUGGAUUAGAGAGAUACAGAAGGUCACUAAACUGGAUCGGGACCCAGCAUCAGGGACUGCAUUGCAAGAAAUCAGUUUUUGGCUAAAUCUGGAGCGUGCAUUAUAUCGCAUACAGGAAAAAAGGGAAAGUCCAGAAGUUCUUUUAACCUUGGAUAUUCUAAAGCAUGGCAAACGGUUUCAUGCCACUGUCAGUUUUGACACAGAUACAGGACUCAAGCAAGCUUUGGAGACAGUCAAUGAUUACAACCCUCUGAUGAAAGAUUUCCCUUUGAAUGACCUAUUAUCUGCAACUGAACUUGACAAAAUCAGACAAGCCCUUGUCGCUAUUUUCACUCAUCUGAGGAAAAUCAGAAAUACAAAAUACCCAAUUCAGCGGGCACUGAGACUUGUUGAGGCCAUAUCAAGAGAUCUCAGCUCUCAGCUUCUAAAAGUUUUGGGAACAAGAAAACUUAUGCAUGUGGCAUAUGAAGAGUUUGAAAAGGUUAUGGUUGCCUGUUUCGAAGUUUUUCAGACUUGGGAUGAUGAGUAUGAAAAGCUUCAAGUUCUUCUGAGAGACAUUGUGAAGAGAAAAAGAGAAGAAAAUUUAAAAAUGGUUUGGCGAAUUAAUCCUGCACAUCGAAAGUUACAGGCACGUCUAGACCAAAUGAGGAAGUUCAGACGACAACAUGAACAACUUAGGGCUGUCAUUGUCAGGGUUCUUAGACCACAGGUCACUGCAGUUGCUCAGCAGAAUCAGGGAGAAGUUCCUGAACCUCAGGACAUAAAGGUAGCAGAAGUGCUUUUUGAUGCUGCAGAUGCUAAUGCCAUAGAGGAGGUAAAUCUUGCUUAUGAAAAUGUCAAAGAGGUUGAUGGUUUGGAUGUUUCAAAAGAAGGAACUGAAGCGUGGGAAGCAGCACUGAAGAGAUAUGAUGAAAGAAUUGAUAGAGUAGAGACUAGAAUCACUGCUCGUCUUAGAGACCAACUUGGUACUGCAAAGAAUGCUAAUGAAAUGUUCAGAAUCUUCUCUAGAUUCAACGCACUGUUUGUGAGACCCCAUAUCAGAGGGGCUAUACGUGAGUAUCAAACACAGCUCAUCCAGCGUGUAAAAGAUGAUAUUGAAUCUCUCCAUGACAAGUUCAAAGUACAGUACCCUCAAAGUCAAGCUUGCAAGAUGAGUCAUGUUCGGGACCUGCCUCCAGUUUCUGGAUCUAUCAUUUGGGCUAAACAGAUUGAUAGGCAGCUCACGGCCUACAUGAAGCGUGUGGAAGAUGUCCUUGGCAAAGGAUGGGAGAACCAUGUUGAAGGGCAGAAGCUGAAACAAGAUGGAGACAGCUUCCGCAUGAAGCUCAACACCCAAGAAAUAUUUGAUGACUGGGCUAGGAAAGUUCAACAACGCAACCUUGGUGUAUCUGGACGCAUUUUUACAAUUGAAAGCACACGUGCCAGAGGGCGGACAGGAAAUGUUCUUAAAUUAAAGGUGAACUUUCUACCUGAAAUCAUAACGCUAUCAAAAGAAGUUAGAAAUCUCAAGUGGCUUGGAUUUCGUGUACCACUGGCAAUUGUUAACAAAGCUCACCAGGCAAAUCAGUUGUAUCCUUUUGCCAUCUCUCUAAUUGAAAGUGUCCGGACAUAUGAGCGAACAUGUGAGAAAGUGGAAGAGCGGAACAGUAUUUGCUUACUGGUUGCUGGUUUGAAGAAAGAAGUGCAGGCCUUGGUAGGCGAAGGUAUUGCUUUAGUUUGGGAGUCCUACAAACUUGAUCCCUAUGUACAGCGUUUGGCAGAAACUGUUUUUAACUUUCAAGAAAAGGUGGAUGAUCUUCUUAUAAUAGAAGAAAAAAUUGAUUUGGAAGUGCGAUCUCUGGAAACCUGUAUGUAUGAUCACAAAAUGUUCUCUGAGAUCUUGAACAGAAUACAAAAGGCUGUAGAUGAUCUGAAUCUUCACUCCUAUUCUAAUUUGCCCAUCUGGGUCAACAAGCUUGAUAUGGAGAUUGAGCGUAUUUUGGGAGUGCGCCUUCAAGCUGGAUUGAAAACAUGGACACAGGUACUAAUGGGUCAGUUUGAUGACAAAGCAGAAGUAGACAUGGACACAGAUGCACCUCAAGUUAGCCACAAACCUGGUGGUGAACCAAAAAUUAAAAACAUUGUGCAUGAGCUCCGAAUUACCAACCAGGUUAUUUACUUAAAUCCACCAAUUGAAGAUUGCAGAUAUAAACUGUUUCAAGAAAUGUUCUCAUGGAAGAUGGUAAUUCUAUCCCUGCCAAGAAUUCAAAGUCAGAGAUAUCAGGUUGGAGUUCAUUAUGAGUUGUCAGAAGAAGAGAAAUAUUACAGAAAUGCACUAACUAGGAUGCCUGAUGGACCAGCAGGUCUGGAAGAGGCUUAUUCAGCUGUUAUGGGAAUUGUGACAGAGGUUGAACAAUAUGUCAAGGUUUGGUUGCAGUACCAGUGCUUGUGGGAUAUGCAAGCUGAAAACAUCUACAACCGUCUUGAAGAAGACCUAAACAAAUGGCAGGCACUUCUUGUCCAGAUCAGAAAAGCCAGGGGAACUUUUGAUAACGCAGAAACCAGAAAAGAUUUUGGACCAGUCAUUAUUGACUAUGGGAAGGUUCAGUCUAAAGUCAACUUAAAAUAUGAUUCCUGGCACAAAGAGGUCCUGAGUAAAUUUGGGCAGAUGCUUGGACAGAAUAUGACUGAAUUCCAUUCUCAAAUUUCUAAGUCUCGUCAAGAAUUGGAACAGCAUUCUGUAGAUACGGCCAGUACAUCGGAUGCAGUGACAUUUAUUACCUACGUACAAUCUCUUAAACGAAAGAUCAAGCAGUUUGAAAAACAAGUCGAUCUUUACCGUAAUGGACAGCGACUGCUGGAGAAGCAACGAUUUCAGUUUCCUUCUUCCUGGCUGUAUAUUGACAACAUUGAAGGGGAAUGGGGAGCCUUCAAUGACAUUAUGCGGCGAAAGGAUUCUGCCAUCCAGCAACAAGUUGCAAACCUGCAGAUGAAAAUUGUUCAGGAAGAUAGAGCUGUGGAGAGUCGCACAAUAGAUUUGCUUACUGAUUGGGAGAAAACCAAGCCAGUUGCUGGAAACCUUCGUCCUGAAGAAGCACUUCAAGCACUGACUAUAUAUGAAGGAAAAUUCGGAAGACUGAAAGAUGAUCGUGAGAAGUGUGCUAAAGCCAAGGAAGCUUUAGAAUUAACAGACACUGGACUGUUGAGUGGAAGUGAAGAUCGAGUUCAGGUGGCUUUGGAAGAAUUACAGGACCUCAAAGGAGUCUGGUCUGAGCUUUCCAAAGUGUGGGAACAAAUUGAUCAAAUGAAGGAGCAACCAUGGGUGUCUGUACAACCUCGAAAGUUGCGGCAAAACUUGGAUGGAUUGUUGAAUCAGUUGAAGAAUUUUCCUGCUCGUUUGCGUCAGUAUGCUUCUUAUGAAUUUGUUCAAAGACUUCUGAAGGGUUACAUGAAGAUAAAUAUGCUGGUUAUUGAGCUAAAAUCUGAGGCCCUGAAAGACCGCCACUGGAAACAACUCAUGAAAAGGCUUCAUGUAAACUGGGUUGUGUCAGAGCUUACUUUAGGCCAGAUCUGGGAUGUGGAUUUGCAAAGGAAUGAAGCAAUUGUCAAGGAUGUCCUCCUUGUCGCUCAAGGAGAAAUGGCAUUGGAGGAGUUCUUAAAACAGAUUCGUGAAGUAUGGAAUGCUUAUGAAUUGGACCUGGUCAACUACCAAAACAAAUGCCGCCUGAUUCGUGGCUGGGAUGAUUUGUUUAAUAAAGUUAAGGAACAUAUCAACAGCGUCUCCGCUAUGAAACUUUCUCCUUACUACAAGGUUUUUGAAGAAGAUGCCCUUAGCUGGGAAGACAAGCUGAAUCGGAUCAUGGCACUUUUUGAUGUAUGGAUUGAUGUCCAGAGACGUUGGGUCUAUCUUGAGGGUAUCUUUACUGGUAGUGCUGAUAUCAAACACCUGCUUCCCGUUGAAACACAGAGGUUCCAAAGCAUCAGCACAGAAUUUUUGGCACUUAUGAAGAAAGUAACAAAGUCUCCCCUUGUAAUGGAUGUCCUAAAUAUACAAGGAGUGCAGAGAUCUCUAGAGAGGUUAGCAGACUUGCUUGGCAAGAUCCAAAAGGCACUAGGAGAAUACCUGGAAAGAGAAAGAUCAUCAUUCCCUCGGUUUUACUUUGUGGGAGAUGAAGACCUUCUGGAAAUUAUAGGAAACAGCAAAAAUGUGCCCAAGCUUCAGAAACACUUCAAGAAAAUGUUUGCUGGUGUUUCCAGCAUCAUUCUGAAUGAGGACAGCUCUGUAGUUCUAGGCAUUUCAUCCCGAGAAGGAGAAGAGGUGAUUUUUAAGACACCAGUUUCAAUAACAGAACAUCCUAAGAUCAAUGAGUGGCUUACUUUGGUGGAGAAAGAAAUGCGAGUCACCUUGGCAAAACUGCUUGCAGAAUCAGUGACGGAAGUGGAAAUAUUUGGAAAAUCAACAUCUAUUGAUCCUGCCACCUACAUUUCUUGGAUUGACAAGUAUCAGGCACAACUUGUGGUCCUUUCAGCACAGAUUGCUUGGUCAGAGAAUAUGGAAUCUGCCCUUAACACAAUGAGCAGUGGAGGUGGUGACUACAGUUCAAUGCAGUCUGUGCUUACCAAUGUGGAAGCAACUUUGACUGUUUUAGCAGACUCUGUUUUGAUGGAACAACCUCCUCUGCGCAGAAGGAAGCUGGAGCACUUGAUUACAGAAUUGGUUCACCAGAGGGAUGUGACAAGAAUCCUAAUUAAGAGCCGAAUUGACAACCCAAAGUCCUUUGAAUGGUUGAGCCAAAUGAGAUUCUACUUUGACCCCAAACAAACAGAUGUUUUGCAGCAGCUCUCAAUUCAAAUGGCAAAUGCAAAGUUCAACUAUGGCUUCGAGUACCUGGGAGUCCAAGAUAAGCUUGUACAGACACCUCUCACAGAUCGCUGCUACCUGACAAUGACCCAGGCUUUGGAAGCCAGGCUUGGAGGAUCACCAUUUGGUCCUGCAGGUACUGGAAAAACUGAAUCUGUGAAGGCCCUUGGACACCAGCUUGGUCGUUUUGUUUUGGUUUUCAACUGUGAUGAAACAUUUGACUUCCAGGCUAUGGGACGUAUUUUUGUCGGCCUUUGUCAAGUCGGAGCCUGGGGCUGCUUUGAUGAGUUUAACAGACUUGAGGAGCGCAUGUUGUCUGCAGUUUCUCAACAAGUGCAGUGUAUUCAGGAGGCUUUAAGGGAACAUUCCAAUCCAAAUCGUGACAGAACACAUACAAUCACAUGUGAACUUCUGAACAAGCAAGUUAAAGUCAGUUCUGACAUGGCGAUCUUCAUCACCAUGAAUCCCGGAUAUGCUGGAAGAUCCAACUUGCCUGACAACUUAAAGAAACUGUUCAGAAGCUUGGCCAUGACUAAGCCAGAUCGCCAGUUGAUUGCUCAAGUCAUGCUGUACUCCCAAGGUUUCCGCAGUGCUGAAGUUCUUGCCAACAAGAUUGUGCCAUUCUUCAAGUUGUGUGAUGAGCAACUGUCCUCACAGAGUCACUAUGACUUCGGUUUGCGAGCACUAAAGAGCGUCUUAGUGAGCGCAGGCAAUGUAAAGAGAGAGAGAAUUCAGAGGAUAAAGAAGGAGAAGCAGGAGCGAGGGGAAGUUGUCGAUGAAGGAGAUGUUGCAGAACACUUGCCAGAACAAGAAAUUUUGAUCCAAAGUGUCUGCGAAACAAUGGUGCCAAAACUAGUGGCAGAGGAUAUCCCUCUAUUGUUUAGUCUCUUGUCUGAUGUUUUCCCUGGCGUUCAGUAUCACCGUGGGGAAAUGACUGCUCUUCGGGAGGAGCUGAAAAAAGUUUGCCAGGAAAUGUACCUGACGUAUGGUGAUGGGGAGGAUAUUGGUAGCAUGUGGGUGGAAAAGGUUCUCCAGCUCUACCAGAUUACACAAAUCAACCAUGGCUUGAUGAUGGUUGGUCCUUCUGGAAGUGGCAAAUCUAUGGCUUGGAGAGUGCUGUUGAAAGCGUUGGAGAGAUUGGAAGGGGUUGAAGGUGUGGCACACAUCAUUGACCCGAAAGCUAUUAGCAAAGACCAUUUGUAUGGUACCCUCGAUCCAAACACAAGGGAAUGGACUGAUGGCUUGUUUACACAUGUUUUGCGAAAGAUUAUUGACAAUGUUCGAGGAGAAUUACAAAAACGUCAGUGGAUUAUCUUUGAUGGUGAUGUGGAUCCUGAGUGGGUUGAGAACCUUAACUCUGUCUUGGAUGACAAUAAACUUCUUACUCUUCCCAAUGGCGAACGUUUGAGUCUUCCACCAAAUGUGCGUAUUAUGUUUGAAGUUCAGGAUCUCAAGUAUGCGACUUUGGCAACUGUGUCCAGAUGUGGCAUGGUCUGGUUCAGUGAGGAUGUCUUAAGUACAGACAUGAUCUUCAACAACUUCUUGGCAAGAAUCCGCAGCAUACCACUGGAUGAAGGGGAAGAUGAAGCCCAACGCAUGAGGAAGGGCAAAGAAGAAGAGAGUGAAGAAACUGCUUCUCCAAUGCUACAGAUCCAGAGGGAUGCAGCUACAGUCUUGCAGCCAUAUUUCACAUCAAAUGGUCUGGUCAUCAAAGCCCUUGAGCAUGCUUUCAAACUGGAGCAUAUUAUGGACCUCACACGUUUGCGUUGCCUUGGAUCUCUGUUCUCUAUGUUGCACCAGGCAUGUCGUAACAUUGCCCAGUACAAUUCUAAUCACCCUGAUUUCCCAAUGCCAAUUGAUCAGCUUGAGCGCUACAUUCAGCGUUACCUUAUUUAUGCCAUUCUGUGGUCUUUCUCUGGAGAUGGGCGUCUAAAAAUUAGAGCUGAAUUGGGCGAAUAUAUCAGAAGAAUUACAACCAUACCCUUACCAUCUGCACCCAACAUACCCAUAAUUGAUUAUGAGGUAUCCAUCAGUGGUGAAUGGAUGCCAUGGCAGUCCAAAGUUCCCCAAAUUGAAGUUGAGACUCAUAAAGUUGCUGCUCCUGAUGUAGUUGUUCCAACUUUGGAUACAGUUCGACAUGAGGCUCUGCUCUACACAUGGCUUGCAGAACACAAACCUCUAGUCUUGUGUGGUCCUCCAGGUUCUGGCAAAACUAUGACCCUCUUCAGUGCCUUGAGGGCACUUCCUGACAUGGAGGUUGUUGGCCUGAACUUUUCCAGUGCAACUACACCAGAGCUACUGCUUAAAACUUUUGAUCACUAUUGUGAGUACCGGCGUACACCCAAUGGUGUUGUACUGGCACCUGUUCAACUAGGAAAAUGGUUGGUUCUUUUCUGUGAUGAAAUAAACUUGCCAGAUAUGGAUAAGUAUGGCACACAAAGAGUCCUGUCUUUCAUUAGACAGAUGGUUGAACAUGGAGGUUUCUACAGAACAUCUGACCAAACAUGGGUUAAACUGGAAAGAAUUCAAUUUGUUGGAGCUUGCAAUCCUCCAACUGACCCAGGAAGAAAGCCACUGUCUCAUAGGUUCUUGCGUCAUGUACCAGUAGUGUAUGUUGAUUAUCCAGGACCUGCUUCAUUGACUCAGAUCUAUGGCACUUUCAAUCGUGCAAUGCUGAGGCUUAUUCCUUCCUUGCGCACGUACGCAGAGCCUCUAACUGCUGCUAUGGUUGAGUUCUACACCAUGUCACAAGAAAGAUUUACACAGGACACCCAGCCACAUUAUAUAUAUUCACCCCGUGAAAUGACCCGAUGGGUGAGAGGUAUUUUUGAAGCUUUGAGACCUCUUGAAACAUUACCUGUUGAAGGUCUGAUCAGGAUUUGGGCACAUGAAGCACUUCGACUCUUCCAGGACAGACUUGUUGAAGAUGAAGAGAGACGCUGGACUGAUGAAAACAUAGAUAUGGUGGCGCUAAAACAUUUCCCUAAUGUGGAGAAGGAAAAAGCCUUGAACAGACCUAUUUUGUACAGCAACUGGCUCUCAAAGGAUUACAUACCAGUUGACCAGGAGGAGCUAAGGGAUUAUGUGAAGGCUCGUCUGAAAGUGUUUUAUGAAGAGGAGCUGGAUGUGCCCGUUGUGUUGUUCAAUGAAGUACUGGACCAUGUCUUGAGAAUUGACCGAAUCUUCCGACAACCACAAGGACAUUUGCCUAUUGGAGUGAGCGGAGCUGGCAAGACCACACUAUCACGUUUUGUAGCUUGGAUGAAUGGUUUAAGUGUUUAUCAGAUUAAGGUUCAUCCGAAAUACACUGGGGAAGAUUUUGACGAAGAUCUGAGAACAGUGCUGAGGCGCUCUGGGUGCAAAAAUGAAAAGAUUGCAUUUAUAAUGGAUGAAUCCAACGUGUUGGAUUCUGGAUUUUUGGAACGUAUGAACACACUACUUGCCAACGGAGAGGUCCCUGGAUUGUUUGAGGGUGAUGAGUAUUCAACCCUAAUGACACAAUGUAAAGAAGGGGCACAGAAAGAAGGAUUGAUGCUGGAUUCCCAUGAGGAAUUAUACAAAUGGUUUACCAGCCAGGUGAUACGCAAUCUCCAUGUUGUCUUCACCAUGAACCCAUCCUCUGAAGGGCUCAAAGACAGAGCAGCUACAUCCCCAGCUCUCUUUAACAGGUGUGAUGUGUCCUUGAACUGGUUUGGGUGACUGUCGACUGAAGCACUCUACCAAGUUGGUAAAGAGUUUCACAGAGUAAAAAUUGACCUUGAAAAGCCAAACUAUAUUGUACCAGAUUAUAUCCCGUGGGUGUACGACAAGUUGCCCCAGACACCAUCUCAUAGAGAACAAUUUCAAUGUUGUGUAUUUGUACACCAGACUCUACAUCAGGCCAAUGCGCGACUUGCAAAAAGAGGAGGAAGAACAAUGGCAAUCACCCCUCGACAUUACUUGGACUUCAUAAAUCACUACGCAGAUUUGUUUAAUGAAAAGCGCAGUGAGCUGGAAGAACAGCAGAUGCAUUUGAAUGUUGGUCUAAGAAAAAUCAAGGAAACUGUUGAUCAGGUAGGUAUUAAUAUUUGUCACAGUGCAACGAGGUUGCGCCGAGAUUUGAGGAUAAAAAGCCAGGAGUUAGAAGUCAAGAAUGCCGCUGCAAACGACAAGCUUAAAAAAAUGGUAAAAGAUCAGCAAGAAGCCGAAAAGAAAAAGGUAAUGAGCCAAGAAAUUCACGAACAGUUGCACAAGCAGCAGGCUUUUAUUGCAGACAAGCAGAUGAGCGUAAAGGAAGACUUGGAUCAAGUAGAGCCUGCAGUUAUUGAGGCUCAGAAUGGAUAACUGUUAAAAUCAAUUAAAAAGCAGCACCUGGUAGAGGUCCGUUCUAUGGCUAAUCCACCAGCAGCAGUGAAGCUGGCUCUAGAGUCCAUCUGUUUGCUGUUGGGUGAGAGUACAACGGACUGGAAGCAGAUACGCUCCAUCAUAAUGCGGGAAAACUUCAUCCCAACUAUUGUAAACUUUUCCGCUGAAGAGAUCAGUGAUGCUAUCCGUGAAAAGAUGAAGAAGAAUUACAUGUCCAACCCAAGCUACAAUUAUGAAAUUGUUAACAGAGCUUCUCUGGCCUGUGGCCCUAUGGUGAAAUGGGCUAUUGCUCAGCUCAACUAUGCAGAUAUGUUAAAACGUGUAGAACCACUGAGAAACGAGCUUCAGAAACUGGAAGAUGAUGCUAAAGAUAAUCAGGCAAAGGCAAAUGAAGUGGAACAGAUGAUUCGUGAUCUUGAAGCAAGCAUUGCUCGUUACAAGGAGGAAUAUGCCGUUCUGAUUUCUGAGGCUCAGGCUAUUAAAGCUGAUCUGGCUGCUGUGGAAGCUAAGGUAAAUCGGAGCACUGCCCUCUUGAAAAGUUUGUCUGCAGAACGUGAAAGAUGGGAAAAAACAAGUGAGACCUUCAAAAACCAGAUGUCCACUAUUGCUGGUGACUGCCUGCUUUCAGCAGCUUUUAUUGCCUAUGCUGGCUACUUUGAUCAACAAAUGCGACAGAACCUGUUCACAACAUGGUCCCACCACCUUCAGCAAGCCAACAUUCAGUUCCGCACAGAUAUUGCAAGAACUGAAUAUCUCUCAAAUGCUGAUGAGCGACUUCGUUGGCAAGCAAGCUCUUUACCAGCCGAUGAUCUCUGCACAGAAAAUGCAAUCAUGUUGAAACGAUUCAAUAGAUACCCCCUGAUCAUUGAUCCAUCAGGCCAAGCCACAGAAUUUAUCAUGAAUGAGUACAAGGAUCGCAAAAUCACCCGCACCAGUUUCUUGGAUGAUGCUUUUAGGAAGAACUUAGAAAGUGCACUCCGAUUUGGUAACCCUCUUCUCGUACAGGAUGUUGAAAGCUAUGAUCCUAUUUUGAACCCUGUUCUGAACAGAGAAGUGCGCAGGACAGGUGGCAGAGUCCUCAUCACUUUAGGAGACCAGGACAUUGAUCUGUCCCCAUCAUUUGUCAUCUUCCUUUCAACCAGGGAUCCAACAGUUGAGUUCCCACCAGACCUCUGCUCUCGAGUGACAUUUGUUAACUUCACUGUAACACGUAGCAGUUUGCAGAGCCAAUGUUUGAAUGAAGUUCUAAAGGCUGAAAGGCCUGAUGUUGAUGAAAAACGUUCAGAUCUGCUUAAACUGCAAGGUGAAUUCCAGCUUCGCUUACGUCAACUAGAAAAGUCUCUGCUUCAGGCCCUUAAUGAAGUGAAGGGACGUAUUUUGGAUGAUGACACUAUUAUCACUACUUUGGAGAACCUGAAGAAGGAGGCAGCAGAAGUCACUCGUAAAGUAGAGGAAACCGAUAUUAUAAUGCAGGAAGUGGAAACUGUUUCCCAGCAGUAUUUGCCACUCUCUUCAGCUUGCAGUAGUAUUUACUUUACUAUGGAAUCACUCAAACAAAUUCACUUCCUAUACCAAUAUUCGCUUCAGUUUUUCCUGGAUAUUUAUCAUACAGUAUUGUAUGAGAAUGCUAAUUUGAAAGGGAUCACCGACCACACUCAGCGGCUUUCAGUUAUUACUAAGGAUCUCUUCCAGGUCGCUUUUAACAGAGUUGCAAGAGGAAUGUUGCAUAAUGAUCACAUUACAUUUGCCAUGCUCCUUGCAAGAAUACAACUAAAAGGGAUUACUGGUGAACGCACUUAUGAUCUAGAAUUUCAACACUUCCUAAGAGGAAAAGACAUUGUGCUUGGUUCUUCGUCUGUGCCUAAAAUUAAAGGCUUAAAUGAGGAACAAGUGGAAGCCAUGGUCAGACUUGGCAACCUUCCUGAAUUUAAGGAUGUCAUAUCAAAAGUUGAAGCUGAUGAUCAAUUUUGUAUAUGGUUGGAGAGCAGUUCACUGAGCAGGACUGUACCAUAUAUUUGGACUGAGGAUAAUCCAGCAACGCCAAUUGGGCAAGCUGUCCAUCGUUUGCUCCUCAUCCAAGCUUUCCGUCCAGAUCGUCUUCUGGCAAUGGCGCAUAUAUUUGUCUCUACGAUCCUUGGAGAUUCAUUUAUGUCUGUUAUAGACCAGCCAUUAGAUCUGGCACAUAUUGUUGACACAGAGGUCAAACCUAGCACACCAGUUCUGAUGUGUUCCGUGCCUGGAUAUGAUGCCAGUGGACGUGUUGAAGAUCUUGCUGCUGAACAGAAGACACAGAUUACAUCAAUUGCUAUAGGCUCAGCAGAAGGCUUUAGUCAAGCUGAGAAGGCCAUAAAUACAGCUGUGAAGUCUGGAAGAUGGGUUGUGCUGAAAAACGUUCACUUGGCACCUGGCUGGUUAAUGCAAUUGGAAAAGAAACUUCAUUCUUUGCAGCCUCACGCCUGCUUCAGACUUUUCUUGACUAUGGAGAUCAAUCCCAAGGUCCCUGUUAAUUUAUUGAGAGCUGGGCGCAUCUUUGUCUUUGAACCACCACCUGGUGUGAAGGCCAACAUGCUGAGAACAUUCAGUAGUAUUCCUGUUGCCAGGAUUUGCAAAGCUCCAAUGAGCGUCGCCCGCUUGUAUUUCCUCCUUGCCUGGUUUCAUGCUGUCAUUCAAGAACGUCUGCGUUAUGCUCCUCUGGGCUGGUCCAAAAAAUAUGAAUUUGGAGAAUCUGAUCUCAGAUCUGCCUGUGACACAGUAGACAACUGGUUGGAUGAUACUGCAAAGGGACGUCAGACAAUCUCACCAGAUAAGAUUCCAUGGUCCUGCCUUUGAAAACGCCUAAUGCGCAGUCCAUUUUAUGGUGCCGCAUUGAUAAUGAAUUUGACAGCGCUUGUAGAAUCCACAUUCCUUGAGAAACUCUUUACUAAUUAAGUUUUUGACAGUGAAUUUAAACUGGCCUGUAAGGUUGAUGGACACAAAGAUAUCCAAAUGCCAGAUGGCAUCAGUAGAGAUGAGUUUCUGCAGUGGGUUUGAGUUGCUCCCAGACACACCAGACGCCAUCCUGGCUUGGUCUAACCUAACAAUGCAGAAAAAGUUCUUCUCAAUGCUAAAGGUAUUGAUAUGAUCGGUUAAAUGCUAAAAAUGCAAAUGCUGGAGGAUGAGGAUGACUUGGCUUAUGCAGAAACAGAGAAGAAACAAAGAACAGAUUCUACCUCUGAUGGCCGACGCUGGAUGAGAACUUUACACACUACUGCCUGCAACUGGCUCCAAGUUAUUCCACAGACUGUAAAUCCUCUGAAAAGAACGGUUGAUAAUAUCAAGGAUCCACUAUUCAGAUUCUUUGAGCGUGAAGUGAAAAUGGGAGCAAAACUGCUCCAAGAUGUGCGUCAAGACCUUAAUGAUGUUGUCCAAGUAUGUGAAGGGAAGAAGAAGCAAACUAACUAUUUACGCACCCUUAUCAAUGAUCUGGUGAAAGGCAUUCUACCCCGGAGCUGGUCUCGUUUCACAGUCCCUGCCGGUUUGACAGUCAUACAGUGGGUGGCUGACUUUAGUGAACGUAUUAAGCAGCUACAAAAUAUUUCACAAGCGGCAGCUGCCAGUGGGGCUAAGGAACUGAAAAAUAUUCAUGUGUGGAUAGGUGGACUCUUUGUGCCUGAAGCUUACAUCACCGCUACAAGGCAGUAUGUUGCUCAGGCAAACAGCUGGUCUCUUGAGGAGCUGGGCCUGGAAGUGAGCGUUACCACAAAUAUGAAUGCGGUUCUUGAUGCCUAUAGUUUUGGAAUCACAGGUUUGAAACUUCAAGGUGCAACUUGUACAAACAAUAAACUCUCUCUUUCGAAUGCCAUCUCUACGGCACUACUACUGACACAGCUACGCUGGAGUAAACAGACCAAUGCUGAGAAGAAGGCUAACGUUGUGACACUGCCAGUUUAUCUGAACUUCACUCGUGCAGACUUGAUCUUCACUGUUGAUUUUGAGAUUGCCACCAAGGAGGAUCCUCACAGCUUCUAUGAGCGGGGUGUGGCAAUACUGAGUACAGAGUAAAAAGAAGCGCUUAGUAAAGGCUUUCAAUGUGCUCUCUGCUUAUAGUAACGGAUUUAAAUUAUGAUGGAUCUGAAAGUGCUGAAAAGAACAUUUGCUGGAUUUUGGAAAGUAGGAUAAUUGGCAUAAAUGGACGGAUUAUUUACAAAUGGGCAAAGGAAAGUUAUGUUUAAAGUGAAGAAUGAAACUAGUAAAAACCUAGCAGAAGUUACUAUUAAAUCUAAUUUUUAUAUGUGUGUACCUGUACCAGUCAGUGCUUAUGUUUUAAAAUAAUAAAUAUUUAUGGCAUAUUGUGGCUCGCUAA